GCCAAAUAUGGGCGGAAAGUCGACUUACAUCCGAUCGGUCGCGUUGUGUGUAUUGAUGGCUCAAAUGGGUUCAUACGUUCCCGCAGAGAGCGCUACCAUUUCGAUAAUGGACGCCAUAUUCACACGAGUCGGUGCCGGAGAUAAACAAAUUAAAGGCAUUUCCACUUUUAUGGCCGAAAUGAUAGAAACGGCCGCUAUUUUUAGGUCUGCGACAAAGGAUUCACUUGUGGUGAUCGACGAGUUGGGUAGAGGAACGUCCACUUACGAUGGCUUCGGUCUCGCGUCCGCCAUAUCUGAACAUUUAGUGAAAGAGAUUAAUUGUUAUACACUUUUCGCCACACAUUUCCAUGAGUUGACACAUUUGGCCAAAGAGUUGCCAAAUAUUAAAAAUCUUCAUUUGUCUGCCGUUAUAAUUGACGACAAACUGACGCUUCUCUAUAAAGUGAAUGAAGGAGUUUGUGAUCAAUCGUUUGGCAUAAAUGUCGCACAAUUGGCUCACUUUCCCGACCAUAUCAUUGAUUUCGCGAAACAGAAACUCAAAGACUUUGAAGGUUUGAAUCUCAAGAAGAGUUCCAUCGAAGAAGUGAUGAAAGAAAUUGGAGACAAAAUUUCAAACGUAGAGAAUAUUGACGCAAAAAUGUUGAAACAAAUUAUUGUCGACAAAUUGAAUGCAAUUAACGCUUAA